CAAGCAUUACGCGCUUCGGUCUCCUUGGCAACCGGGUAAUGAACAGACUGUUGUGGCCAUGAAGAAAGUUUGGUUUUUGUCGUGAUUUCGCACAAAAGUACUUAGCCAUGUCCAGCAUCUGUAAGCCAAAACCUAGAUGCUUUGGGAGCGACAUCCACAGACUGCUGCUGGCUGCCGAAGCUGGUCAGAAGGCUGAUAUCCUGGCCUACUCCUCGGGUCAUCUGGGGCCCCGCAGCCUGAACCAGAGUCAGCCUCACAAUGAGACAAAGCAGUCUUUCUGGAGGAUGUCUCAAAGCCAAGAAGAAACCCCAAACCCCCUGACACUCCAGCAGAGACGGACAAAGGCACUGGCCUAUGUAAAGAAGAAAGACAUGAAAGAUUCUCCCUCUGAGUUCACCACUGGCACAGCUUUGGUAGAGUCUGAAGUCUCGGGGUCUAGACAAGAUCUGGCUACUGAUCACUCAUCACAUGCUGACAGAAAAGAAGAUAUAAGUCUACCUAAGAUAGUUCAUUGUUCUUCAAAUUCUUUGCCAGUUAAUCUGAGAGCCCUUUCCCAGAAAAAGUCAAACUCCUCAUAUGAUCAGGAGGGGAAGCAGCCUUUUUGCUCCAGCCAUACUGACCAGUUAGGCCUGAAUAGGGAAGACCAGCUGAAGACGAAACCACGGAUUGGCAGGCAGGUCGUAGCCAAGCAGGACCUCCGGGAUUGCAACAGUAUGGGAGGAAUAAAUGUUGCUGAAAUGCAUGAGAGAAAACUACAAAAGGAGCUGAGGAAGCUGUCAGUGCAGAGCUGGCCCAACAGAGACCGCCUUGCGGUGUUCAGUGACGUCUUUGAUGAUGUAUGUGAAGGCUCGCCAGUAUUUGGACGCAUCCUGAGGGAAAUUAAGACAGAAUAUGAUUUGUAUAUCAAUCACAUGAUGGCUUCCCAACCUUCAUGCCAUGACAUGCGGCUGAAUACUUCACUUGAAGAUCUUGGCAAUGGCAAAGUAGAGUUGGAAGACGCUGAAAAAGAGGUCUGCAGGUUGGAGCAGGAGGCCAGAAGAGCUCUAGAGGAGAACAAACGAGCCCGAAAUGAAUUACAAAAUGUUCCAGCCAUCACACACCCAGAGGACAAAGACGUGCAGAAUACAGAUACUCUCUCAGGGUUGCAGGACAGUGAGACUGCCAACGGCUGCACUAACAGUGUCCAAUCCAAGAGGCUUCAGGUGUUGAAUGUGUGGAAGGAAGUCCAACUGCUGGAAGAGGAGAUUAACAAGAUGGUAUCCACUGUCACAACCACGGUCACAGAGAGAUGCAUCAAAGACCUAAAGACCGAGAUAAUGAGACUGAUAGCCUCAAAUGACCGUCUCAAAACCACCAACAAGGAUCUGGAAAACAAUAUCAACACGGCACUGAGCAGAGAGAAAGCACGCAAGGCCAUAAGACGGAUGUUGUGGGACGAAAUACAGUGUGAUCUACAAACAGAGUGAUAGUAAACCAGAGGAUCAUCUCAUUGAAUGGAGUAUUCAUCUUUGACAACCCUCAUGCAACUUAAUUAUGAAAUUAAUCUCACACACACACACACACACAAAACUAGCAAAUUAAAAUUUUACCAAUCUCAGUACCAGAAAUAACACUACAUAUCAAAGCUAGAAAUCUUCUCUACUGGCCAUUGUCAGUCUGUGGUGGAUUCAGGAGUAUUCAGUAGUAAGUAAAAGUAGCAAUAGCACAAUGUAAAAAUACUCUGUUACCAAUAAAGGUCCUACAUUUAAAGUUUUACCAAAGCAAAAGUACAGAAAUAUUAACAGUAAAAUGUCCUUUAGGAUCAAAAGUUAAAGUACUUACUAUGCGACUGGCCCCUUUGGGAGUUUUAUUCUGUAAUAUUUUAUUAUUGGGUUAUUUUUACUGCAUUAACAUGCACGUGUCACUCUAAUGUUGUAGCUGGUCAAGGUGGAGCUUUAACUACUUUGUAUACUGAAGUGUAAUCUACAAAGUAAACAGAAAGUAUAGCUGUCAAAUAAAUGUAACAGAGUAAAAAUUACAAUACUCCCCUUUUAAAUGUAGUGGAAUACAAGAUAAAGUAGCAUAAAAUGGAAAUACUUGCGUAAAAGUAGUACAAUAGUUGACUAAAUGUAUUUACUAUACUGUAUUUAUCUUUCAACAUUUCCUUUUGCUGCACAGAAAUUAACAUUCUCAAGCCUUAAAUUAUGAAAGUGCUUCAAGGUGCAGCGAUCACAUGUGCAUCUGGUGUUUCAUUAGAGAGAAUGCUUCACGGUUUACAGUCAUCCAGCAGUUAUAAAAAAAAAAAAAACAGCAGUGAAUCUGACACUUCACAUCUGGUGUUCCAGUGGCUCGGGGCUUUCCAAUUAGUAUUUGUUAAUAUGAGCAACUACAGUACCAUCUUAAGGGAGAAAUAAAUAAUUUGUGAUGUCUUAUCCAUGUACAGUCUAGAACUACUCCAGUGGUCAUGAAUGGAAAAAAGAACCGUUUCAAACCAGAAAAAAGCCAGGAUAUCUCAGUUCUGACUACAUGAGAUAAUUGUAAGUAUUUGUUUGUACAGACUAAAUAGAGAACAGGAAGAGAAAAACCUUUGUUGUGCAGUUUAUCAGUAAAAGUCCCCUGCUGUGACGUUGAAAAGGAUUAAAAAUACAUUUGAUUUUCAAACACCAGAGGGCAGCAUUGACAUAUGAGAAAAGUGGUCUGUGUAGUACAUACAGUUAGCUGCAUAGAGACUCACUGGAGCAAGUUUGAGCUUCCCUUGCUGGCUGUUUAAUUAGAUAUAUUUCAUGUUAUUUACAUAAUUUUGUGUUAAUUUAUGGGCAGCACUUUGUUACCCAUGACAUUGCACUUAAAAAGAUAUAUCUUAUAAUAUUCAUGGUAGAUGUUUCGCUUUGAAAGGUCCACCCCACCACCUCGUGCCAAAUAAAUAAAAUAAUGUUC